AAUGAUGAUAUCAAUAAUUUUUCUGCUAUUUCUAAUGUAUAUCCUUUACGGGCCGUAUAUGAUAUAUGCUGGGUUACUUAACAAUACUAUACCAAAGGUGGAAGUCACUCAGGAACAACAACUUGAUGCUAUAAAUCUUCCAAAUAUAUUCCAACAUAAGUUAGACACAUUUACGAAUGCAUUAAACCAAAUCGAUGCUUCUGUACAGGCCUUACAAGAAAAAGCACAUAACUGGGCAAUUUUUCGUCACCAUAUUGAUGCUUGGAACGAGCAGCUUAAAUCAUUUGAACAUAAAUUGGAUUUGAUAAAACGCAGUCAAGAGGAACAACAAAAUUUGUCAAACAAAUUAACAAGUCUAGAGUUUACACUCAAUCACAUACUCAGUAAAGUUGUGUUUUUAAGUGAUACUUGCAAUACAAAACUCCUAAGAGCAGAUAACUAUCAUGACUUCAAGGAUCAAUCAAAUUUUUUUGAAAAUCUGCAAACUUCCUUAAACGCCGAUAAUCGAUUAAAGAGUGAUAUUUCAUUACGUUUAAACAAUAUUUUGCGUCAUGUCCAAAAUAUUGAAAAUGAUAAUUGUCAUUCCAAUUUAAGAGUCAAACAAUUCAAAAAAGCUUCAACAGAUAAAGUUGCAGACAUAAAUGGUAAUUACACUAAUGGUAUGCAGCGUUCAAAUUGGGAACGUUCCUUGAAAAGAUUAGAACAGAAUAUUGAAGCAAUAUCAACACAUAUGUCACAAAAAGAUUUUAAGCAAUUCCAAGCACUCACAAGGAAGAAUGCCAAGACCUUGGAACAAAUUUUGGCAUAUGUCAACUCUUCAGAAGAUCGUUUUGAGGAAUGGAAACAAAAGAACACAAAGAGUAUGAACCAAUUAACUAAGAACUGUUGUUCCAUAUCCAGUGAGUUGAGCACAUUUACUGAAAGCUCUGAUUUGUUACUUAAACGCAUCGAAGCAAUAGUGGAUGAAAUUAAGAAUAAUAUAAAAAGUCAUACACAUAUAAAGUUCCCAAAAUCUAAACCAUCUGCAACUACGGAUGAUGAUUCCCAUGAACCUGAAGAAAAUGAGAACCAAGACGAAGAUUGGACAACAGAAGAAACUGACGACGGUGACUACACGGGGCAGGAAGGAAAUGAAGAGAACCACGUCCAACACGAAUAUAACGAGGAAGAUGAAGUCACAUUAACAACUAGAGAGGAUGAUUAUGUUAUUAAAGCGGAACAGAAGAUAGAAAGUAGUGAAUUUAAAGGUUUUAUACAGCCGGACAAAUACAGUUGUGAUCAAUUGACAGAACCAGUUGAUGGUGUAUAUCAAUUCGCAACAGUUGACUCAAAUAAAAAUGGACGUAAUUUUAACAAACGUUUUUGUUACUUUGCAACAGAUGGUAGGGCAUGGACCGUAAUACAGAAUCGUGUUUCUUAUGAUAAUUCAGAAAAUUUUAAUCGAUCUUGGGUUGAUUAUCGAGCUGGUUUCGGCAGCUUAUUUGGGAACUUCUGGUUUGGUAAUGAAUUUAUAUACCGCCUGUGUGAUUCUUGUGAUUGUGAAUUACGUAUAGAAAUUGAGGACUUUAAGAAUGAUAAUAUAUGGGCAGAAUUAAAAAAGUUUAUUUUACAAAGUGAAGAUUCACACUAUAGACUUGUCAUUAGUGGCUAUAAUGGUACUUAUAGUAAAUUGGGUAAUGAAUUAUUCGAAUAUGAAAAUAAUGAAUUCCAAACAUAUGAUCGUUGCAACAAUGGAACUCCAAAUGAAUGUUGUUCCUGUGCAAUUGUCUAUGGAAUUGGUUGGUGGUUUGAUAAUUGUUGUCAACCAAAUAUAAUGGAAGUUCCUCGUAUUUUUUCGCAGAAGAAAAUGAGAAUGAUGAUACGUCCAAAAUAUUGAAAUAUCAGAACUA